AGUCCAUCUUACGCGGCGUCCCGCCACCCCCAGCCCAGCCCCCGGGCCUGUCAUCUCAGCACCUGUAUAACCAGCCGCCCCGCCCCAGAGGUGGGCGCAUCUCAGCGCCAGGCGAGGGGUCCCUGUAUAACCAGCCGCCCCACCCCAGAGGUGGGCGCAUCUCAGCGCCAGGCGAGGGGUCCCUGUAUAACCAGCCGCCCCACCCCAGAGGUGGGCGCAUCUCAGCGCCGGGCGAGGGGUCCCUGGGUAACCAGCCGCCCCGCCCCAGAAGUGGGCGCAUCUCAGCCUCGAGGACUUGUUAUCUGUGCGUGUUGUUGGAGCUGGGAGGCGGGUGCACGACCUUGGAAAGGGAACUGGUUUCGUUUCCUUCAGUUUAUCAGUGAAGUGCAGGACGGGACAGGAGGGAGGCACAGAGCGAGGGACGGACCCAGGGAUGGACGGACAAUUCAGCAGCCUCUCCAGCAUGAGGACCCUGUCCCUGCUGCUCUGCCUGGCAGUCUGCAUCUCCACCCUGCCUGGCGAGGGGGCCCAGGAACUCACCACGCCCGGCUCCGGGCUCGAGGCCCCGUGUGACGGCGACAGCUGCCCCCGCCAUAAGAAAUCGGCCACCCUCGUGCCGUCUUUCACCAAAACCACCGCCACCACCACCACGACCCACCGCACGAAGCCCCCCACCACGACCCACCCAGCCAAUCACACCACGACCCACCCAACCAAUCACACCACGACCCACCCGGCCAAUCACACCACGACCCACCACACGACGCCCCCCACCACGUCCCACCCGGCCAAUCACACCACGACCCACCACACGACGCCCCCCACCACGACCCACCCGGCCAAUCACACCACGUCCCACCCAGCCAAUCACACCACGUCCCAUCCAGCCAAUCACACCACCGUGCACACGACCCCCCACCUCACCACGGCGGGCCCGCCGGGACCCCCAGAUGUGGCGGUCGGGAACUACUCGGUGCGGAAUGGGUCGGACGUCUGCCUCCGGGUGCAAUCGGGCCUCCAGAUCUGGGUCCAAUAUGAGAACGGCUCCAAAGCGCAGCUCUGGGGAGCUUUUGCCAUUCAGCCGAACCGCACCAAGGUGUCGGGAAAAUGCUCCGACGAGUCAGCCACCAUGGAGCUCACCUUCGCUCAGGGCUCCCUGAACUUCACCUUCGUAAAGAAUAAAACCCAGAACUCCGUCUACCUGCAUGAGGUCGGAGUCAGCCUGACCAUCCAGUUCCCUGGGGCCAGACAGAGGCAAUUUACGGUGCAGAACGCCAACCUGCGGGAGUUCGAAGCCCGGAUGGGGCACUCGUACCAGUGCCAGAACCGCAGCGUGGCGCUGGGCCCGGCCUUCCACCUUGACGCCCUGCACGAGCGGAUCCAGGCCUUCGCCCUGCCCGCGGGCGGCUUCGGGGAAGCCGAGCUGUGCCCAGAGGAGCAGCACAGCGCGCUAGUGCCCAUCAUCAUUGGGGUGGUUCUGCUGGUCCUGAUCCUGAUCAUCGUCAUCGCCUACUUGGUGGGCCGGCGCAGGGCUCGGGGUGGCUACCAGACCCUCUGAGGGGCCGAGACACUGGGGGGGAAUGAGGCCUGUCCCCUCUAGGGGCGUCGGCUCCCACCCGGCCCCAGGGCAGGGACUGGCUGGCUCAGGGGGGCAGCGAAUGGGGCAGGGGCCUGUCCCCUCUAGGGGACACCAGCUCCCACCUGGCCCCAGGACGGGGACUGGCUGACUCAGGGGGCGGGGAAUGGGGCAUGGGCCUGUCCCCAUCUAGGGGGCACCAGCUCCCACCUGGCCCCAGGGCGGGCAUUGGCUGGCUCAGGGGUGGGGGUCAGGGAACGGGGUCAGAGAGCCAUGUAUUUUAUUUUACUGAUUAAAUAAAUUUGGGGUUGUUAGUAAAUAC